AUGUCAAAAAUUGAUUUUGAGGUUGGAAAAAUAGAGACGUGUGUUCUCAGAGUACACAUUAACUGCCAUGGCUGCAAGCAGAAAAUAAAGAAGCUCCUGCAGAAAGUUGAAGGCGUUUACACUGUGAGCAUAGAUGCAGACCAAGAGAAGGUCACAGUUUCAGGGAAUGUACAAGCUGCCACUUUAAUCAAGAAAUUGAUCAAAUCUGGUAAGCAUGCAGAGCAUUGGUCUCGGAACCAAGAACAAGAACCCAACUGCAAGAAAGAUGAUAAGAACCAAAUGCUCUCUCUGAAUCCUAUCAAUGGCCGCAAAUCAGCCAUAAAGCAGCACAGGAACUUGCGCAACGCCUCUGGCACAGCACAUGAUCAGGGUGACUCUGGCUGGGACUGUGAAGGGUACCCAAACCAGAACAUGGAAAUGAAGAGCAUGGCAGGUGACUCCCAAGCAGGCUUCCAUGGCAGUAAUGCUCCUUCUGCAUACCAUGGCUUUGAAGGUUUUCCUCAAAGCCUACCACCUUAUGAUUUUGAGCAUCCACCAUCCAUGAUGAUGGGUGACUUGAUGAUCAACCAUGCUUUACCAGUGGUCUCUCCUCAUGUUGAUGGUUACUAUAAUUUUAGUUCUGAUCUGGCAUACCACUUGAUCAAUUAG